UGUGGUCACAUGACGGAGGCCACGUGAUCGGAGAAAACCGGAACCUCUGUCUCGCGCCUCAUCAGUGGACGUGCGCUCAGUAAAGGGAAGCGGACUCUGUUAAAGAGGACCUGAAAAAUCUCUGCUGAGCCAGGGGAUGAUACUGUUAGACAAGAAGACAGACAGGAUCACAGCAUGUCUCUGAAGACAUGGCACCCGCUCCCUUUGAUUUGCUGUGUAUUUGUCCAGAAAAGGACACACAAAAGCUGACAUAUGCGGGUGCACAUAGCACUUCUUUGUUGUGUUUUCCUGAAUUCUCCCCCUGUGGAGGAAGACGACUCUAAGGAGGCAAAACCAAAGCCAGAGAAACCAAGCAGCACUUCCCAAACGCAAGUUUGUGACAUUUAAGCUAGAGGAGAAAGCUUCCUUGCUUUGUGUUCUCCUUCCCCACCUCUAACCCUUCCCAUGCGAUGGAACGGCCUCUGCUGAGACGAGUGUCGGCCUGGGGCUGCUGCUCCUACAACGCCCUGAAGGCCUGGCUGCCCAUCCUCUCCUGGCUGCCCAGGUACAAGCUGAAGUGGCUUCAGAUGGACCUGCUCGCAGGCCUCACCGUUGGGCUGACGACAGUGCCGCAGGCGCUGGCCUACGCUGAAGUAGCUGGCCUUCCUGUGCAGUACGGACUCUACUCUGCCUUCAUGGGGGGGUUCAUCUACACCCUGCUGGGGACCUCUAAGGACGUGACUCUGGGUCCCACAGCCAUCAUGUCCCUACUGUGUUUCUCUGUGGUGGGGGGGGAGCCACACCGGGCCGUGCUUCUCAGCCUCCUCUGUGGACUCAUCCAGGCUGUAAUGGCAUUACUGAGAUUAGGCUUCCUCUUGGACUUCAUCUCUUUCCCUGUAAUAAAAGGCUUCACUUGUGCUGCUGCAGUAACCAUUGGCUUUGGCCAGGUCAAGAAUAUUCUGGGACUUCAAGGCAUUCCCCAUCAGUUCUUCCAGCAGGUGUACUACACCUUUUACAAGAUCCCAGAGGCCAGGAUAGGUGAUGUGGUCCUAGGUCUGCUUUGUCUCGUCCUGCUGGUCAUGUUGAUGUUUAUGAAGACGAGUCUGGGCUCUGACGACGUGCCCCCCUACUCCAGACUCGCCAGAAAACUAGUGUGGGCUGUUGCUACCAUGCGUAAUGCUCUGGUGGUCGUGGCUGCAUCCCUCAUAGCCUUUUCCUGGGAUGCCUACGGUCAUCACGUGUUCACAAUCACUGGAGAAACCUCCCGGGGGCUCCCGCCAUUCAGGCCCCCACCCACCUCAGACACCACAGCCAACGGCACCAUCAUCUCCUUUGGAGAGAUUGUAGAGGGCUUGGGAGGAGGGCUUGCAGUGAUUCCCUUCAUGGGACUGUUGGAGAGCAUUGCUAUUGCAAAAGCUUUUGCCAGUCAGAACGACUACAGGAUCGAUGCCAACCAGGAGCUGCUGGCAAUUGGAGUGACUAACAUCAUGGGCUCCUUUGUGUCAGCCUACCCUGUCACUGGUAGCUUUGGGAGGACAGCGGUGAACUCCCAGACUGGGGUCUGUACUCCAGCUGGAGGGAUCGUCACCAGUGUGAUAGUGCUGCUUUCCCUGGCGUUCCUCAUGCCGGUCUUCUACUACAUCCCCAAAGCUUCUCUGGCGGCUGUUAUCAUCUGUGCGGUAGCUCCCAUGUUGGAUUACCGUGUUGUGGCUAAAAUGUGGAGGAUACGCAAGCUGGACCUGCUGCCUUUCGUUGUGACAUUCUCGAUGAGUUUCUGGCAGGUGCAGUAUGGCAUCAUAGGAGGUGUAGGUGUAUCUGGAGUCCUGCUGCUGUACAACAUGGCCAGACCCCAGAUAAAGGUGUCUGAUCACGGUGUACUGGUGAUGGAGUUGAGCAGUGGUCUCAGUUUUCCUGCCACAGAGUAUCUCAGCCACAUCAUACACACCCAGGCUCUGCAGGCGUCUCCUCCGCAGUCAGUGGUCCUGGACUGCCAUCACGUCAGCGUCAUAGAUUACACAGUGAUCAGCGAGCUCGAAGACGUGCUGAGGCAGUUCGAACUACGAAACGUGCGGCUGGUCUUUUCCAGAUUGCAGCCUUCUGUUCUGAAGGUUCUCCUGGCAGCCGAUCUGCAGGGCUUCAGGUACACAGACAGCACGGAGGAGGCGCUGCAGAUGGCAUCAGAGAACCACCGUGAUGACUGACACAGAAACUGUCCAAUCACAGUCUGGCGAGAAGAUGUUUGAUGCUGGACGGAAGCAAUAUAGCAACAAACACUGAUCAGUGACAUUUCAGAUCUGGGAUUAUUGGGUUGUUAUGACAUUAAAAUGUGAUAAACUACCUCCAUUUAUUGGCAGUCAAGUGUGCGGUGACUGCCAGUGGCCAAGUGAUGUCCCCCUUUUUCUUGUCAUACGAAGGUGUUGCACUGAGCUCUGUAUCUGCCAAACUUGACUUGGCAGAAUUAUUGCAGAAUCUCCUAGAUUACAACACUACAUUACCAUUGCACAAAAACAUGGGACCAGAUGUCAAAUACUGUGUUUUAUAGCGUUUUAGGUGACUUUGUAGGACAUUUUGUGUUUUGUAUGAAUGAGGAGUAAUGAGAGAAGUAAUAUUACUGAAAUAUAUAGUUUUACUUACAGAGGGUAUGAGGGUAUGUUUUAGGUCUGAAGGUGGUAGGUGACCUGCCAGAGACCAAAUCUGCUUUUACAGAAUAACAAUUCAUCAGUUCGUUAAUUUAUGCAUCACAAGGACACUGAUUGAAUUAUAUUAGAAACCCAAAUCACCACAUUUAUAUAAACGUUUUUAGUGAAUAAAAAGUUUACAUUUUCAUGUAUAUACAUGUGUGUUUGUGUUUGUCUUUUCAUGAAAUGUGAACAAGAUAUGAUGGCAAGAAAAGGCGUGUGAACCCUGACAAAAAUCAAUACACCCAGCCCAGUCCAGUGUUAUUCUGUCACCAUGUUAUGACGUUUUUGUGUACUUUACUUUUAGUUUUGAUUAUUUGGGCUCUUAUCAGUGUUUGAACUAAUGUACUCAAAUACAUCCUGAGUAGUACACAAACCUACAGUGUACUUUCUUACCUAUUGCACUGCAUCUGUGACUGACAGUUGAGUUGAGGGUAAAGAUUUCUUUUUGAAUGAUGACUCACCCUUGAGGAGGUGUUUGAAUUGCUUUGUAGCUUAGUUCCAGUAACAUUUAGAGCACACUAUUGCACACGGCUACUUACCGACAUAAAGUGUUAUAAAAGUCCUGUAGUGGAGCACAGAGCAUAGAGUCAACGAUUUACCUUGGGUUAAUAAACACAAAAGAAUAUAGUUUAGAAAUAUGAAGGAGGAAGGAGCACAACGAUAAAAAGCAACAUGUCAAUAUGAUAAGAAAAAUCAAAAUGG